GGGGAGCCGCAUGGAGCGCUCGGCCGACAGGUUGGCCGCGGCGGCGGCCGGGGGUCGCGCCGAGGAGGUGCAGGCGCUGCUCCAAGCGGGGGCAUCGCCCAACGCCCCCAACAGUCACGGCCGGACCCCCAUUCAGGUCAUGAUGAUGGGCAGCACCCGCGUGGCCGAGCUGCUGCUGAUCCACGGCGCGGACCCCAACUGCGCGGACCCCGCCACCCUCACGCGGCCCGUGCACGACGCCGCCCGGGAGGGCUUCCUGGACACGCUGGUGGCGCUGCACCGAGCCGGGGCGCGGCUGGAUGUGCGCGAUGCCUGGGGCCGCCUGCCCGUGGACCUGGCUGAGGAGCGGGGCCACCGGUACGUCGUUGGGUACCUGCGCAGAGAAGGUUCUGCAGAAACCCGCGGCUGAAAGAACCAUUGAAAGCCAGAGGCACAGCAGGACGCCGUGACCACUGACCUCCCCCACCCCCCAAUUCUUCCCGCUUUGUUAGCUGCAGUUUAUCAAAUAGCGCUUUUUAACAUUGUAAGCCGCUUCUUCGCUAGCAGAUCUUUCCCUUCCCCUAAACUCCCCUUUAUAUCUGAAUUUAUACAUUGGUAAUAAAGGGUUUUAAUAACCCAA